AUGGAGUUUGCCAUGGUGGGCGCGGACGGCGGGUGCAACAGCCACCUGCCCUAUGGGUAUGCCCAGGCUCGCGCGCGGGAGAGGGAGCGCGAGAGGGAGCGCCAGGCCGCUCAUUCACGAGCAGCGGCUGCAGCUGCUGCGGCCGAAGGUGCGGAGGGAGGAGGAGGAGGAGGAGGAGGAGGGGGGUCGGGCUCCAUCGCCUCCUCCGGCGCUCAUCUCCUUAACAACCGCCAGCAUCAGUCUCGCGCCGCCUCCUCCGCGAACAUCAGCAGCGGCAGCGCCGCCUCGCGCCCCUCCUCCUCCUCCACCUCCUCCCAGCAGCAGCUGGAGCCCGAGCAGCAGCAGCAGCAGCACAGAGUUCUCAGAGAGCGCAAAAAGCAGCGCGGCGUCGGACGCUGGAGGCGCAACCGGAGCGCACUCGGCGGAGAUCUGCGCCACUCGGAGCUGGCGCUGCUCGGAUCGGAGGAGGACAUCAUGAUCGAGGAGGAGGAAGAGGAGGAGGAGGAGGAGGGGGGAGCGGAGGAAGAGGAGGGCGAAGGGGAGGAGGGGGCCCGAGUGAGCAAAAGGUCGAGCUUUCUGUGCAACAUGAUGAUGGAGGAUGAGGAGGAGACGGACCGGCGGCCCCAGUCCGGGUACGAGAACGUGUACAGCGAGUGCGGCUGCUGCGAGCGCGUGGUCAUCAACGUGUCCGGCCUGAAGUUUGAAACUCAGCUCAAGACCCUCACUCAGUUCCCGGACACGCUCCUGGGGGACCCGGACAAGCGCAUCAGGUAUUUCGACCCGCUGAGGAACGAGUACUUCUUCGACCGGAACCGGCCGAGCUUCGACGCCAUCCUGUACUACUACCAGUCGGGGGGGCGGCUAAAAAGACCCGUCAACGUCCCGUUCGACAUCUUCUCCGAGGAGGUGAAGUUUUAUGAACUCGGUGACGAGGCCAUCCUCAAGUUCCGCGAGGACGAGGGCUUCGUGAAGGAGGAGGAGAAGCCUCUGCCGGAGGACGAGUUCAAGCGCCAGAUCUGGCUGCUGUUCGAGUACCCCGAGAGCUCGAGCCCCGCCAGGGGGAUCGCGGUGGUCUCGGUCCUGGUCAUUGUGAUCUCCAUCGUGAUCUUCUGCCUGGAGACGCUGCCGGAGUUCAGGGAUGAAAAGGAGUACCUGCAGCCGCGGCGCAACAACUCCUCCCAGCCCGACCCCAGCUUCACGCCCUUCAACGACCCCUUCUUCAUCGUGGAGACGGUGUGCAUCAUCUGGUUCUCCUUCGAGAUCAUCGUGCGCUUCUUCGCGAGCCCGAGCAAGACGGCGUUCUUCAAAAACAUCAUGAACUCCAUAGACAUCGUGUCCAUCCUGCCUUACUUCAUCACGCUGGGCACGGACCUGGCGCAGCACCAGGGCAACGGCCAGCAGGCCAUGAGCUUCGCCAUCCUGAGAAUCAUCCGCCUGGUCCGGGUGUUCCGCAUCUUCAAGCUGUCCCGGCACUCCAAGGGCCUGCAGAUCCUGGGCCACACUCUGCGCGCGAGCAUGCGGGAGCUGGCGCUGCUCAUCUUCUUCCUGGUCAUCGGGGUCAUCCUCUUCUCCAGCGCGGUGUACUUCGCCGAGGCGGACGAGCCCACGUCGCAGUUCACGAGCAUCCCCGACGCGUUCUGGUGGGCUGUGGUCACCAUGACGACGGUGGGCUACGGCGACAUGAAGCCCAUCACCGUGGGGGGUAAGAUCGUCGGCUCCCUGUGCGCCAUCGCGGGCGUCCUGACCAUCGCGCUCCCCGUGCCCGUCAUCGUGUCCAACUUCAACUACUUCUACCACCGGGAGACGGACAACGAGGACCAGCAGCCCGUGGUGGAGAGCGUGCCCCCGGGCUGCCCCUACUUCCCGGACUUCCUGCGGAAGUUCAAAGGCUCGCCGUCGGGCUCCUCGCUCGGUGACAAAGCGGAGUACAUGGAGAUGGAGGAGGGGGUGACGGAGUCGCUGUGCGGCCUGGACAAGAGCCCCAGUAAAGGGAACGGCACCGACAUAAGCAGGAAAAACAGCACGAACUCUAAAUCGAUCCAGACUGACGUGUGAUUACAGUUUUAUUUGAUUUUACUCCCCCCAAAGAAGAAGACACUUUCUGCGCAACAGCAGCUGAAUCCCUCCAUCCUUAACCCAACACGAGUUUUACGCACGCCUCAAACUCCCCCUCUUCUCCCCCACACACACACAUUCACACACACA